AUGGCACUCGCUCUUAGGCAUCCCAACACGCUUGCACGAACGGUCCUGUCAGUGUCCAGAAUUAGAUACUUCUCGAGUUUUCGAUCUGACAAGAAUGGCAAGAAAGAAAGAGUUGUGAUCCUAGGGUCCGGCUGGGCAGGAUACGCCUUCGCCCGCAGUCUCGACCCAUCCAAAUACGAAAGGAUCAUAGUCUCCCCCCGCUCCUACUUCGUCUUCACCCCGCUGCUCGCCUCCACCGCCGUCGGCACCCUCGAGUUCCGCACCACCCUCGAGUCCGUCCGUCGCCUUGGCAAAAAUGUCCGUUUUUACCAGGGCUGGGCGGACGACGUUGAUUUUGAACGCAAGGUUGUGCGUGUCGAGGAGAAUGUGACAAACGACCCGUCCACCAGCCGGACCAAUUUGCCAUUGCCGCCUCAAGCCCAAGGGAACGGUGAAGAAGGAGUGAAGGCGGUGAUUCCCAAGGGCCCCGUCACAGAUUUGAGCUAUGACAAGUUGGUGAUCGCCGUCGGAGCAUACAGCCAGACCUUUGGCAUCGAGGGCGUCAGGCAGCAUGCACACUUUCUGAGGGACAUUGGCGACGCGAGGAGGAUCCGGCUGCGAGUCCUCUCGCUGUUUGAGCAGUGCACCAGCCACGCCAUGAAAUCUUCCUCAACAGCCGACGAAGCCCGCCGCAAGCUCCUCCACUUCGCCAUCGUAGGUGGCGGCCCGACAGGCAUCGAGUACGCCGCCGAGCUGCACGACCUCGUCCGCGACGACCUCUCCAAGAUCUACCCCAACCUCAUGCCCCACGUCCGGAUCACCGUCUACGACAUCUCCCCAAAGAUCCUCCCCAUGUUCGACCAGGCCCUCGCCUCCUAUGCCAUGCGCCUGUUCAGCCGUCAGGGCAUCUCCGUUCGCACUAAACACAGUAUCCAGAGCAUCGCCCCAGACCCGGACACAGGUGGCCUCCGCCUGCGGAUCAAGGAAGCCGGCGAGGAGGAGAUCGGUGCAGGUAUGGUCGUCUGGAGCACGGGGCUUAUGCAGAAUCCACUCGUGGAGAAGCUCGUGCAGAAGACCCUUGCCGGUGAGGGGGCCAGCCAUCCUUCCGAGUACCGCCUCGAAAAAGACCCUAAGACAGGCGGCAUCAUCGUGGACGAGCAAUUUCGUGCGCGCCUGGCCAACUCCUCCUCAUCCUCCUCAGGCGCCCAGCAGCAGCUCCUCUCCUCCGUCUUCGUCAUCGGUGACUGCGCCGUCGUAGCCUCCCAACCCGACCUCCCCAAGACCGCCCAAGUGGCUUCCCAGGAAGCAGCGCACCUCGCCAGGACCCUCAACAGGCACAAUGCAGCCGCCGGCGAGGUCCUGAGCGAGACGGCCAAGCCCUUUCGCUUUAAGAACCUCGGUACCAUGACCUACCUGGGCAACUGGAAGGCCAUCCACCAGAGCUCCGCGGACCGUCUGACGGGCUGGGCCGCUUGGGUGCUGUGGAGGACGGCCUACUUGACCAGGAGCAUGAGCCUGAGGAAUAAAGUGCUCGUGCCAGUAUAUUGGUUCGUGUCGUGGAUGUUUGGAAGGGAUAUUGGGAGGUUCUGA